AUGACAGCGCACCAAAAUGGCACCAUCUCCUCUGAGAUUUCAGACUUCCUCCUGAAUUGUUUUGCCAGGUCCCCUAGCUGGAAAUUCUGGUUGUCCCUGCCCCUCAGCCUCCUCUUUCUUUUAGCCAUGGGGGCCAAUAGUGUUCUCCUGAUCACCAUCCGGCUGGAGGCAUCUCUGCAUGAGCCAUUGUACUACCUGCUCAGCCUCCUCUCCCUGUUGGACAUCAUUGUCUGCCUCACCGUCAUCCCCAAGGUGCUGGCGGUCUUUUGGUUUGACCUCAAGUCCAUCAGCUUCUAUGCCUGCUUCCUCCAGAUGUACAUCAUGAACUGCUUCCUUUCCAUGGAGUCCUGCACAUUCAUGGUCAUGGCCUAUGACCGCUAUGUAGCCAUCUGCCACCCACUGAGGUACCCAUCCAUCAUCACUGACCAAUUUGUAGUCAAGGCUGCUGUCUUUAUUUUGGCCAGGAAUGGCAUUUUAACAGUACCUAUCCCUAUUCUAUCAUCCGGACUCCAUUAUUGUAGGACAAAUGUCAUUGAGAACUGCCUCUGCGCCAAUAUGUCUGUCUCCAGGCUCUCCUGUGAUGAUGUCACCAUCAAUCGCCUCUACCAGUUUGUCGUAGGAUGGACCCUGCUAGGAUCUGACCUCAUCCUCAUCUUUGUCUCCUAUACCUUCAUACUGCGAGCUGUGCUGAGACUCAAGGCAGAGGGUGCUGUGACCAAGGCCCUGAGCACAUGUGGUUCCCACUUCAUCCUUAUCCUCUUCUUCAGCACCAUCCUUCUGGUCUUCGUGCUCACUCUUGUGGUGAAGAAGAAAGUCUCCCCUGAUGUGCCAGUCUUGCUCAACAUCCUCCACCAUGUCAUUUUCUCAGCCCUCAACCCCAUUGUGUAUGGGGUGCGAACCCAGGAGAUCAAGCAAGGAAUCCAGAGAUUACUGAAGAAAGUGUGGUAAUAAGGACAAUUGGAUCUCUGCAUUCCUCACAUAAAAUGAGUUUUGGAUCAAUAAUGGGUGAGUGGGCUUAAUCAUAUCUAUGAAUUGCAAUCUCAAAAUGGGUAACUUGAAUAUUGUGUCUUCUUUAAAAACUUAAGCUUCACUGUUAAGUUUCCCUUUUCUCACUUCUCCUUUAGGAAUAUCUUUUGCCCCUUUUGCCUUUUCCCAUACAUAUUAUCCUAUAUUGACAAAAUACUGAGAUUCCUUGGGGGAGGUUCCAAAAUGAGAAAUUUAUGUUCCUGAAUAUACAGCUGUUAUUAUGUCAUGCCUUUACAUUCUUAAAUACACAACUGUGGCUAUUUGGGGGUAGAGUUGUGUAACAUGUAAUGGAUUCUUACUUUUAUUUCUACAGAAGGGAUCUUAUGGGAGAAAAAGAUAUAGCAGUGAAAUUUCACUCCUGAAUAUGGAAGGUUGCUA